AUGGGAAAGACUAGGCAACGAGUGAAGCAAGCGUGCAACCGGUGCCGAUAUAAGAAAACAAAGGUAAGCGCCCGUGUCUGCAAUAAAUGCCGAGCGGACGAUGCAGUAUGUAGUUAUAUACAGGAUGAGGACCACCAGCGGGAUAAAACAUCCCCGGUAGCUCUCCUUGAGGCACAGAUUAGACAGCUACAGGUAACAGUACAAACAUUGUACGAAUACAUUCGGACUGGUCACAACUUGCCAAUGCUGCCAGGACGGAGUCCGGGAAACGACCGUCCACUCUUGCACGACAUCGUGGCACAUGUUAAUACGCUUUCUACGUACAUGGAAAGAAGCUCCGAAGAGUUGCAGCACGAGGUUCCCUGGCUGAGCGCUGCAUCCACUAUGUCUCUGCCACAAUCGCAGCCAGAAACCUCAUCAUUUCUGACCUUUGCUGCAACUGAGCCUCAGCUGGAUACCUUCGUAGCCUCUUCUAUGCAACUGGAUCCGAUGUUGACAGAGUACAACCUAGCACAAACGGACUAUGAGUCUCUAGAAAGCAGGUUCGACCUACAAGAGUUUUGGUCGUUCGCGGAUGCAAACCCAGCGCACGCGGCAAGUUUACGUCGAUGGCUAUAG